AUGAUUCGUGCCAUACUUAUUAUUAAUAAUCAUGGAAAACCAAGAUUAAUAAAGUUUUAUGAGCACUAUAGUGAAGAUGAACAACAGAAAAUUGUCAAAGAAGUUUUUCAUCUGGUCUCGAGAAGAGAUGAUGAUGUUUGUAAUUUUUUAGAAGGCGGCACACUAGUUGGUGGACAAGAUUAUAGAUUAAUUUAUCGUCAUUAUGCAACAUUGUAUUUUGUGUUUUGUGUUGAUUCAUCUGAAAGUGAACUUGGCAUAUUGGAUUUAAUUCAAGUAUUUGUUGAAGCAUUAGAUAAAUGUUUUGAGAACGUUUGUGAACUUGAUUUAAUUUUUCAUGUAGAUAAGGUACACUACAUACUGAAUGAACUUGUAUUAGGUGGAAUGGUGUUAGAAACUCAUAUUAACGAAAUCACCCAUAGAUAUGAAGAACAACAAAAACUAGAGAAACAAGAGUCUGGACUAUCCGGAGCUCCAGCUCGAGCUGUUUCAGCAAUGCGUGAUUUAAAUCUUCAUCAGAAAUUCAAGGAAAUACGUUUUCCAGAUUUACAAUCAUUGCAAAACAGACUAUCACGUUGA